UGGCGCUCUGCUGCAUGCGGACAUCAGGAUCAACAGACGCGCUGCUGAGAAUCUGAUCUGGAGUCAGUCCCGCGGCAAACACACACACACACGCUCGCUCGCUCACACACUCUCUCUCGCUCUCUGGAGGUCAGCAUGGAGCCCUCCGCUGACACACACAGUAAACCGGUGGACAUUUACCGAGACACCUGGGUCAGAUUCCUGGGUGCUCACGGUGAGCGUCCGGGGAAGGCGGUGUGUGUGUGUGUGGCAGUGGUGGACACGUUCGUUUGGCAGGCUCUGGCUUCUGUGGCCGUUCCUGGAUUCACCAUCAACCGAGUGUGUGCCGCGUCUCACUUCCUGCUGAGCAGAACCACACGCUGGCCACUUCCUGUCCGGAAGUGGACCACCACCGCCAUCGGCCUGAGCACCAUCCCCUUCAUCAUCACCCCCAUCGACAGGUCUGUUGAUCUCCUGCUGGACUCCAGUCUGAGGAAACUCUACAGUGAAGGAGAAAAAGAAGACUGACCCCUGACCUCUGACCCCAGCCUAUGAUCAGCACCAGCAGCUGAGCCGGAGUGUGUGUGUGUGUGUGUGUGUGUGUUGGUCUGUGCUUCUCUGCAUGCGCUUUAUUAUAAUCACAGUGUCUUUAUUAACACAUGCUCACUUCACUUCUGUCUCCAGUGAACGGUUCAUACACACGCACACACACACACGCACGUACGCACGCACACACACACACACAUACAUAUCUGUCAUACUGUAACUUUCCAAAGGGUGCAAGCUGACUUACUGUAAUGUACUGUAUAAUAUGUGUGUGUGUGUGUGUGUGUGUGUGUGUGUGUGUGUGUUCAUUCAGUAAAGGGAUGAGGCUGUGCUCCUCAUGACACACUCUGCUGUUAAUAAAGCACUGAAC